GCCCUAGCCGAUAGCCCUGCCCGAGCUCUGCCGAGCCUUAGCUGGGCUGCGCUGAACCCAGCUAAGCUGGGGCUCCUUUCCCGGCAGUGGCUGUUUUCUGCCCGGGCCCUGCGGAGCCGUGCCGGGGAUCGGUACGGUGCGCAGGCCCCUGGCUGACAGCCCUAGGGACCUUCAACGCCGCGGCCUCCCGCUAGGCGGAGCCGGAGACCGCAGGCGCGGUGCCGUGCGGGCCGGGAAUGAGAGCGGCCAUAUGUCCCGGCUGGAGCGGAGGGGUGGCGGGCUCGGCAGACGGAGCCGGCGGCAGCUCGGGAGGCUGAGGCCGGGUCCGGGGCGCGGACCAGGCAACAGCUGAGGAAGGGGAGCGGAGAUGUCACUGGCCCGAAGCCACCUGGGGCUCUUGCUCCUCGGAGCGCUUCUCACCCUCGUCCUCUACCUCUUGCUCCCGGCCGCUCAGCAUCAGCAGCGCUUGGCAGGCACCCGCCCUGAGGAGGGGAAGCGAGGCUGGCGGGCAGCCAACACUACUGCACGAACGGGAAUGGCCAGGGGAGAACCCCCGGUCUUCUACAGGGAGGUUUCUGCAGGGUCCCCGGCCAGGGGCACUGCCAGGCCCGGGAGGCCUGAUGUCCUGUUCCUGCACGGCCAGGCAUUCACCUCCAAGACAUGGGAGGCCCUGGGCACGCUGGUGCUGAUCGCCGGAGAAGGCUAUCGUGCAGUCGCCAUAGAUCUGCCUGGCUACGGGGAUUCUCCCCCAGCAGAAAUGGUGGCCACAGCACAGACCCGGGUAGCUUUCCUGGACCACAUCCUCCAAGAGCUGCAUAUGCAGAGGCCUGUUAUUGUCAGCCCCUCCAUGAGUGGCCGCUUUGCCCUGCCCUUCCUCCUGGCACAGGGAGACCAGUUGUCUGGCUUUGUGCCCAUUGCACCUGUGGGCACCAAGGACUACACAGCUGAGCAGUAUCGGCAAGUCCAGACACCCACCCUGAUCCUGUACGGUGACCAUGACACUAGCCUGGGCGCUCAGGCCCUGGAGAGCCUCCGGCACCUGCCCAGGCACCGCGUGGCUGUGCUGCCUGGUGCCGGUCAUGCCUGCUACAUGGACAAGCCAGAGUACUUCCACCGGGCCUUGCUGGGUUUCCUGCGCCAGCUGAAGUGAACAGCACCUUGUCCCUUGCAGAGAGGAAGACGAGGGGGUCCCACUCCCAAGGGACUGGGAGGUUGGGGUGAGGGGAGCUGCUCUCUUUUGGGGUGGUGGGGCAGUGCUGUCAAGACGGGGUGUUGUCUGUCAUGAGGCAAAUAAACUGAUGCUGCUCUGGUUUCUGCGUGUGUGCCCAAGCUCCGCGGGUUCCCCGGGCUCCCGCCCCGCCUAGUGCGGGGCAGAAGGGUGCACUGCCAGGCCUUUA